AGAGGAAUACUGCGAGAUAUUAUAAAUCAGAGGAGGAAUAUUAUUACCAAAAAAAAAACAAAAAAAAAAAAAAAUCCAUAAGUGAUCUACAUCUCGGUUAGAUAAGGAAAAGAAUAAGAAUGUCAGGGGCGCAAGGAGCUCAACCAAAGGAUUCAAAGACGGCGACUGUAUACGAGUCGGUGGGAGGAGGAGAGAAUAGGACGAGGAUGGAGCUACGCAGCCAGCAGGAUGAGGGGGGUAUUCAGAUCGAUAAGUUCCAGGACAAGGUUCCCGAUGCUGCUGGUAAAGGUGGCCCCGUCUUCGGUGCCGGCAAAGAUGAGAAUAAACACGAUCUCGGUGUUACAGGCACCGGCUAGCCUAUCUUACCCCCACCUUAAACCAACCCUACCUCACCCUCAUCCUCAUGUCCCAUGUCCCAUUCUACCCCCCUUCUCUCCCUCCUUUCUUCUUUCUUUCUUAUUUUAUAUGCUAUAUAUCACAUAUCCCAUUUUCAUGUAAUAUUAUAUAAUAUAAAUGUAAAUUAUAAUAAAAUUUGUUUGUGUUUUCUUUAAUAAAAUUACCCUUACUAAAAA